AGAGAAAAAGACUAAAAUAUUCCUUGGUUUGAAGGAGAGCUGUAACUGUAUUUACAGUGAAAGACUAACCCAAUAAAAUAGGUAAUACAUUUGAUGUUGUGGGGGGCGAUGGCGAAAGCUUGACAUUUUAUUGUACUCAAAUUCUAUGAUGACCUAGAUGGAUCUGUCCAGUCACAUGACCUCAUUAACAUCUAAAAGCCUAUAGCCUUCACCAUAGUACGAUUGUUUCGCCGGCUGUUACAUCCUCUUCUCCCAGGAAGUCAGAAUGGUUAGGAACCUAUUAAUAUUAAAAAGCCAAACCACCGCAUCCUGCUCAGUACUCGGUGAUGCUGAGGAUGCGCAGACAGAGAUUCUGCGGCGUCAAAUCACAUUGCGCGAAGGGGCGGAGAGAUUCUUUACUGACCUGCUUGUGCGCAUGAGCAACAUAUUAUUGCCUUCAUUGAUAAAAACCCUUUGUGAUAAUAUUUCCUCAUCUAAUCUCCUCACUGUCGAUUUCGGCGCGUUUCAUCAAUCCAUACGUGUGUUACAGUAAUCUGGAAAUUGGCAAUGACAUCACGUGCAGGCCCAAGAGCUGCAGGGACUGAUGGGAGUGAUUUUAAACCCAGAGAGAAAGUGGCUUCUCACUAUCAGAUGAGUGCUUCAUCAAAAUCAGAAAUAAAGAAGCUCACCGUAGUGCAUUUCUUCAUAUGGAUACUGGUGGCAGCUCAGGUGGCUGUUAGUCAUCUCAAUCUGGUGUCACAUGAUUUGGUGGCCAUGCCUUAUCAGUGGGAGUAUCCAUAUCUUUUGAGUCUUCUGCCCUCGUUUAUUGGAGCCCUGGCCAUGCCGAAGAGCAACAUCAGCUAUCUGGUGAUCUCCAUGAUCAGUGCUGGUUUGUUCUCAGUAGCACCCUUGAUUUUUGGUGCAAUGGAAAUGUUUCCACUGGCCCAGCAGCUGUACCGACAUGGGAAAGCGUACCGGUUUAUAUUUGGCUUCUCAGCUGUAUCUGUGAUGUAUCUACUCAUGGUGAUUGCUAUUCAGGUGCACGCAUGGCAAAUCUACUACAGCAAGAAGCUUCUAGAUGCCUGGUUCAACUCAACACAAGAGAAGAAGAAGAAAUAAUCAUGCUGUGUAUACUUGAAUUGAAUUGAUCCUUUUUCUGUCUCAGUUGUUACUGUACAAUGCAUGCAAUUAUUGUAAAUGUUUAAAUAUACCUUUGUAAGCAACAAAGCUUACUUAAUAUGUGGAUUUGACAUUUUUUUCAUAAAUAUUUAAAUUAAGUUUACCUUUUGUUUUAGCAUCUUAUUUAAUACCUGACAUUCUGUUGAAUUACAAAUUGUUUAGUCCAUGUCAAGAAUACAGAGCCGUUCACAUAAUUUUUAAUACUUUAUAAAUAAAAAAAUUCUUUAAAUAUUUAA